GAAGUUCAUUUUAUAGUAUUUCUUACAGCUCACCGAAGUCUCAGAGGAAAGCAACACUUGCAGUCAAGAAUAUCCCCAAAAGGAAUUGAAAGUAAGAGCGAAGACGAUGAUGAUGCUGUUGAAAUUGAUCACAGCGGUCGCGGCAUUCACUGCUACAGCCUCUGCUGGUCUGAUACAACGCGGUGACGCUGCUGCCGACGCCAUCAACACGACCACACUGGCUACCCUGAACUUGUACGAGCAAUACUCGGCUGCAGCAUAUUGCACUAGAAAUACUAUUGCUUCACCUGGUACACUGAUUACUUGCGCGGCUGGAAAUUGCCCUCUUGUAGAGACCAAUGGCGCUACUAUAGCGUAUUCAUUCAAGGACAUCGGAGUGGGCGACGUGUCUGGAUUCCUCGCUGUGGACCCCACCAACUCUCUGCUGGUUCUCGCCUUCGCUGGCAUUCGAGACAUUGCAGGUUGGAUCACGAAGCUCAAUGACAGGCUAGUACCUAGUACUACUGUAUGCGGUACAACUGCCAACUGCACGGUUCACCAAGGCUUUUUGAAUUCCUGGUCUUCAGUAUCUGGUAUUAUUGUCCCCCAAAUAAUCAAUGCUUCGGCCACUACCGGUUUCACCACACUUGUCCUCACUGGACACGGUUUCGGAGGCGCUUUGGCUGCUCUUGCAACAGCACAAUUCCGUACCACACCAAUUGGAAAUAUAGCGAUUACAACAUUGCUUACCUACGGCAGUCCGCGUGUUGGAAAUACUGCUUUUGCGACCUAUCUCACAACUACAAAUGCAACUACCUUCAACUUCCGAGUCACUCACACUGACGACCCCGUCCCAAAGUUCCCUAGCCGUGCACUAGGCUAUCUGCAAUGGGGUCCUGAGUAUUGGAUUAGGUCGCCCACGGGUGCACCCGUGCGUACAUUUGACGUUGACCAAAUUAACGGUACCGAAACAUCCACUGGAAAUAGUGGAACACCCUUUUCGCUAGACUUCCCUGCUCAUUUCUGGUAUUUCAAUGCGAUUGCUGCGUGCAAGUAGACGGAUAAUCUGGGUAAUAGCCAUGAACACCAUGCUUCGGUGCAAAUGCUAGGUCUCUAGGUAUAAGUUGUUUUCGAAAGUUGUUAAGCGUGGGUGACAAUAAUCGAUGCAUGUGGAUUGGGAUGAUAGCAGAUUCUGAGAGAAGAGAAGAAAGCUGGGAAAGGAAAGACUGAUACUGACACGGAGGAAAGUAGGUGGAGAUAGCUAAUUGAUUCUUUCGAAUUCGAUACUUCCCUGUAGCACUGUAAAAGAUUGUUCCGGAAAACAAGCAUGAUGUCUACCCGUACGUCUGUUCGGUAGGCUUGGUAGUUGCAUGAGUAGCGUUAAAUACGCACGACAAAGUCUUUUGCUUUGCUGUCGACAUCCGGCUCAUCUCGGAUCAAUCGUGUCGAAAACAUGUCCAUUCCCUCCUUGGAUAGAUGCAUAUGCUGCAUGAACAUGUCGUCAACAAAAACAUUGCUCUCAGCGAGCUUGGAUGAUGACACGUGUCAGACUUUGCUACGAUGUCAUUGCGAGGUGAGGACGAAAUGAGAGCGCGAGAAAAUUGUCCCCAAGUAGCCACAAAUCUUUGUGCCGAAGCUUUCCUACCAAGAGGGGUGAAUCAGAAUAGAGAGGACAAAUCAUUGUCGUCUCUGAUAAGUCAAUGUUUCAAUGUUUCUGAACGGGUUCCAGGUAUAACCGUCAAUAAAAAGUCGUAGGAGGAGACGUCUCUCCGCGAAUCACGAACCAUUAAACCAUCCAUCGUAUUUUCAUCAGAUCAACCCCACUUGUUGUCGCAUAUAG